GCCUGCUCGCGCGUGUUAGUACGUUGGGGCGCCGCCAACUUUGUUUCCGACCGAAGAAUGCUCCCCCGAAAAAAUUUCAGAACCGCCUCGGGUUCUUGGUUGUGGCAGGCUCUUCCUUGGCGGCUCCACCAAAACACGCCCGCCGCGUAGCGUGGCGAGGCGGCCAGCCCGUCCGGUGGGCAGGCUUCUUUGCCUGGGCCAGCCUGCUUCCUCGCGCGCGCGCUUGGGCGCGCCGGCAAGCUGUUGAAGCCCCGCAAAAAUUCAGAAGCGGCUCGGGUUCUUGGUUGCGGCCCCCUGUGGCGCAACCAAGAGAGAAGCAACCUGCCGGCCCGCCAGGCGGGCGAAUGCUUAAGAGUUCGCCCGCUGCUUAUGAGUUCGCCUGCUCGCGCGCAUUCGUUGGGACGCCGCCAAGUUGCCGCAGCGCGCUGCUUCUACAAAAUUUCAGAACUGCCUCGGGUUCUUGGUUUCUUUCGGCCCUUGGCGGCACCACCAAAACACGCCCGCCGCCCGCGCAGCGCGGCGAGGAGGCGGGCUAGCCCGUCUGGUGGGCCGGCAGUUGUGCUUGGGCCAGCCUGCUCGCGCGCGCCGGCAAAGAAGCUGCUGCAGCUCUGCAAAAAUUCUGAAGCGCUUCGGAUUCUUGGUGGCUUGUGGCCCCCUGUGGCGCAACCAAUAGAGACGCAAGCGGCCG